AUGAAACGAUUUCGUAAGGGUAGUGCUGCUGCCGCAUCAUCUCCUUCAUUGCAAGACUGUAAAUCAGUGAUCGGAGCUUCCUAUGGUAAGACCAAUGUUACCCAAUACUUCCGAUUCCUUCAGGAAAAUAAGGCUGAAUUUAAUAUGGUGAUGAAUAUUAAAAAUGUAGAAUGUUUUGAUGAUUUGAAUACCAUACAAAGGGCCUUGGUAUUGGUUGUCGAGGAUGAAAGGAAUGAAUUAUGGUAUGAAAUAUUUAGUGGGGAGUUUUCAGCUUUUGCAACAAGAAAGAUUACAAAGAGUUUAAACGCACAUACUUGCAAAAAACAUGGAAUACAAGUGGUGUUGGCUGUUUAUGGGCUAUUGGAAUGUACUCAAAAAGUUGCUGAUAUUUUUGAUAAGCAGACUGGAAAUGAGCUAACUGUUCAUGCCUCAAAUUCAGUGUUUGGAGAUCCAUGGCCAAAUGUUUUCAAGAGUUUUACCUUGGUCUACAGAGUCAAGUUGCAGAGUGGUCAAUGGAGUGAACCAAGAGUUAAAGUUUGUGAGGAACAUGCUCUCUUAAGGGUUGAUAUCAUUGAGGAAUUGAAUUCAUCCAUUGUAUUUGAAGCAAAUAGUCCAUUAAGUUCAAUCGUUAGAAAACGGAGACAUGAGGCUGUCAAUAAGGAAGUUUGUAAAUAUGUUCCACAGGAUGGUAUUAAUAUUUUGGCUGCUACAUAUGGCCCUGAGGAUGUUACUGAAAAAGUUAAAGAAUUUCUGAAUACUGAAAGAACGUUCUUGAGAGUAGAGGCAACCAAUAACACAUUUGGAGAUACUUGGGCAGGAGUUAUCAAGUAUCUCGUUGUUUACUACACAAUAGACAAGGAUGAUGAGAUAUAUGUAGCUUCCAAGAUUGAACACCAAACCUUGACUAUCUCAAAGCAUAAUACUGAUCACAUAAUUUGUGCAUCAAAUGAAUCCAAUACUAACCGCGAAACUAACUUUGACAUGAUCAGAAUUCAUGGAGCUAUGGCUGGUGAUAGUAAUAGAACCUUCGAAAUGAGAACUUAUUUUGAAAAUAACGAAGGAGCAGAAAAAUUACUUCGCUUCAAUGAAGGCCAAUAUGAACAUUCGAAAUGUCUUAUAAUGCUCUAUAGUUUUGGAGCUAGUCCUUUCAAAUUGUUCAUUGCUCGAAAUGGAGAAGAGAAAUCUCUAUUCGAAACCAAAUCCAAAUUUGCAUCCAUAUAUAUUGAAAAUAAUAAGGAUAGUAUUGUAACAGUACAUCAAAACUACAGAUCUAAUAUUAAUCAAAUGUAUAUUAACUUAGUGAAAAAUGAGAUUCUUAUCAAAUCAAACGAAACUAAAGUUUAUAUUCAAAGUUGGAAAUCAGGAGAACAAAUCCUUAAAGACCAUAAGAAUUCAAAGAUUGUAUCUUCUGGUGCGUUUGUUAAACAUUUGAUGGAAGGUAAAUGUAAUGUGAGAGGUCCUUUAAUGACAGUUGAAAAUGAAAAAUCAAAGUUCCUUAUUCCACUUUUUGAAUUAACCAGUGCUGAUAUGAGAAGAAAACACCUGCCACAAAUAAUUAGAAACAAUCUUGUUCACUUCCUAGAUGAAACUAUUCCUGAUCAACCAGGUCUUUCAAAAUUUACCUCACACACCUUAUUUUCCCUAACUGAUAUUUCCCUUCAUUUUCAACAAUAA